CUCGAACAUACACCACAACCAUGAUGUAGCCUCGCCCUUCCUUCCCUUCUCACCCUAAUUCCAUCUCCCACCAAAAAUGUCUCUACCAAAACACACCACCCCGUCCCCCCUCUCCUCUUCCCCAUCCAAACAAUCCAUCCGCCGCAUCUCAGCCAACCACAACCACCUCCCAACCUCCCGACCCCAAAGCAUCAUCGACCGACCGCCAACCGCGCAACAACACCACCUCGAAAACAUCCCCGACCCACCGCCACCACCACCAGCAGCCACGAUCCCUCCGGCCCCCCUCACCGACCAACCCACACUCCCACCAACAUCAACGUCCGCCUUCCAACCCUUCUUCACCCUCAUCGAAGACGCCAACACCUCCGAAUACCACCACCCAACCGUCCACUACAUCUUCGCCGACGACGACACCGACAUCGUCACCGAAGCCACCCUCCGCGCGCUGGAGAGCGAAUCCGAUCCGACCCUCGCCUACAAUCCCAAUACCCGAAAGGGCCACAAUAACAACAAGACCCGAUCGCGUCGACCGCAGCAGCAGCCACAACAAGAAGAAGGGGCACAAAACACCUACGAAGAUGAGGAGAAAGGACCCUCUCUACUACCGGAUUCCAUCCCAGGGGUGCGCGAGCACUACGUGAUCCUCGACGUGGACUAUGCGUCACCCGGUGCUUUGGGGACGGAGGAGAUGAAAGAGCAAUCCGGGAAUACUACUGCUGCUACUGCUGGUGGGGAGAUGCUGGCGACGUCGCCGCUGCCGCCGCCGCAGCAGGAGCCGCAUCACGGUGCCUCAGGGGGUGGUGACGCCAAGUCGAUGGUGGUGACUUCGGCGCAUAGUCUGUCGCCGGCGUGGCAGGUGCUCGAUGCGCAGCUGGGGCCGGCGCCGACGUUCGAGAAUAAUACGAAUAAUACGCCGUCGCAGGGGCAGGGACAUUCGGCGAACGGGGCACUGAUGUUGAAGAUCCGGGGCACCGCGGGGUUGCCGAUCAAUAACCUGCUGGGCAAGGAGAGGGAUAAGGAGCGGGGCUGUCAGCGGUUGGAGGAGAUGAUGGAUCAGUUCGCGAAGCGGUUGGCGGAGCUGCGGUUGGUGAUUGAGGCGGGCGGGCUGGGGGAGCACAUCGAGGAUGCAGAGGUGGAGUCUUCCCCGGGUGGGAAGAUGGAUGAACAUGGUGUGGAGCAGGGACAGCAUGAGAAUGGCCAGGGUUUGGUUGAGGACGCUACCGCUGGGCCAGAGAUGGGACUAUAGGGGUCUGGCCGAUGGAACAUCCUGGUACUAAGAUACCUUUUGGGUUGGAAAACAUACCGGCUCGGCGAGAGGCAUUUUAGCGUAUGGCGUCACUGCUCAGCUGUAGGUAGGCCUCAACCCAUCUACUCGGGUUUAACACUACGAAUUUGGAAUCAUGCAAC